UCCACAUUUGUGUUGAGAUCCAGUCGUGCGUCCACAUCAUCACACAGCCUGCACAGUGUGCAUGUGUGUCUGCGUGUGUGUGGAGGGGCUCCAGUAAACAGACCAGAGCUGCUACACACAAACUGCUACUGUCACUGAGGAGCUUUUUUUUUUCUUCCCACCCUUGGAUCUCACUUCUAAUCCUCACAGCCUGCAAUGGAUUAUUAAUAUUUUUCCCCAAUUUGUGGUCUCCUGAUUAAAAGGAUACUUUUGCAUUUUGUGAGCAUCACUGUGUGCGGACGGAACAGCACAAGUCCAGUUCCAGACGUGUGGGGAUGAGUUCAGAUGGAUAAGCACCUUUUGCUGUUUUGAUCCUUGGAGGAAAGGCGAACACUGGUUAUCUGCUUUACAAAGACUGUCCAGAGCCCUGGAUUUAUGUGUAAACAGGCUUGAGCAGGCAGCAGAGGAUUCUGGGUUACCUGAGGACCUGGAGUACACAAGAGAACUUGCCUGGACUGAGCCUGUUGCACAGCGGCUUGGUGUGGCUCAGACCAGCUUUGUGUCGACUCAUUAUGCCUGCUAGGCUUGAGUGCAGAAAUGAGCCUUUAACUCAGCCCAUUCUACAAGAGGAUCACUAUACAACACCAAAAAAUCUAAUCUGAUAUUAUGGCCACUGAGCGCAACGAAUUCAACGCCAAUUAGGAUUUUAAUAUUACCUGAGAGCAUACGCAUUGCUGGUGAGAGGGGAUGCUUUUUUCUACAGGCUUAUUUGCCAUGGUAAAGGCAUUGAAACGUGUGAGACCCUAACAACACAGAGGAGGUCAUCGUCCAAACAAGGAUCAGCUCAGCAAACACUGACCAGGCCAGGAUAUCACCGAAAACCCCUCUGUCAAACUUUUCCUCUCAGAAGUGCAGUAGUAAAUUCAAGAGGAACUCUUGAUUGGAUUUCUGGUGGCUGUAGGGGGAUUUACCGCAUCUUACAAAUCAGGAGCUCUUCAGUGAUUCGACCGCCAGACAACACAACUUCAAGAUGGUGCGUCUGUGCAAGGCCUUUAUUCUUUUCCUCAUCAGGGUUGGGCUUCUGCUGGGCCUUGCUAACCCUCUGGUGACCUCUGCCUCAUGUCCCUCAGCCUGUCGCUGUGACGGGACUUUCAUCUACUGUAAUGACCGUGGCUUGACUUCCAUUCCUACCGGGCUGCCCCAGGAUGCUACAGUGCUCUUUCUGCAAAACAAUCACAUUAAGAGUUCAGGAAUUCCUACAGAGCUCCGCAGGCUCUCAAAUGUUGAAAAGAUCUACCUUUAUUGUAAUAAUCUGGAUGAAUUUCCUACUAACCUUCCUCUUGGGGUUAAAGAGCUCCACCUUCAGGAGAACAACAUUCGGAUGAUCACCCAUGCCUCCUUAGCCCAGAUUCCAUAUAUUGAAGAACUGCACCUGGACGAUAACUCUGUAUCAGCAGUCAGCAUAGAGGAGGGGGCCUUCAGGGACAGUAAUCACCUCAGACUGCUUUUUCUCUCGAGGAACCACCUAAGUACCAUCCCAUUAGGUCUACCCAUGAGCAUUGAGGAGCUACGCUUUGAUGACAACCGAAUCUCCUCCAUUUCAGAGCAGUCGCUGCAAGAUCUCAUCAACCUCAAGCGACUAGUCCUGGAUGGUAAUCUGCUCAACAACUAUGGAAUUGGGGAAAUGGCUUUCAUCAACCUGAUCAACCUGACUGAACUCUCACUAGUGAGGAACUCACUGACAUCGCCACCAGCCAACCUGCCAGGCACCAGUUUGGAGAAGCUACAGCUACAAGAUAAUCACAUUAAUCGAGUUCCGCCUGGGGCUUUUGCCUUCCUCAGGCAGCUGUAUCGCCUGGACCUGUCUGGUAACAACUUGAGCAGCCUCCCACAGGGUGUCUUUGAAGAUCUGGACAAUCUUACACAGCUCCUGCUACGCAACAAUCCCUGGCAGUGCACUUGUAGGAUGAAAUGGGUGCGUGACUGGCUGCGGUCCUUACCAUCUAAAGUGAAUGUACGUGGCUUAAUGUGCCAGGGACCUGACAAGGUUAAAGGUAUGGCAAUUAAAGACUUGACGACAGAUAUGUUUGACUGCACAGAUUCAGAAUUCAGCCCCACUUUUGAGACAAGCACGGUCUCCAACACAUACCGGCCCUCACAGCCUCAGUGGCCCUCAUUUGUUACGAAAAGACCUGUAGUUAAAGGGCCUGACUUUGGCAAGAAUUACCACAGCACUACCACUUCAUCAGGCAGAAAGAUUAUAACCAUCAGUGUGAAGUCGAGUAGUGCAGAUACAAUACACAUAUCAUGGAGGCUGUCACAACGCAUGACUGCCCUGCGACUCAGCUGGCUAAAGCUGGGCCACAGCCCUGCCUUUGGCUCAAUCACUGAGACCAUUGUGCAGGGCGAGAGGACGGAGUACCUGCUGACUGCACUGGAGCCAGAGUCUUCCUACAGGAUAUGCAUGGUUCCCAUGGAGACCAGCAACAUUUACCUUUCAGAUGAGACACCUGUUUGUAUCGAGACAGAAACCGGUCCUCACAAAUCAUACAACCCAACUACAACUUUAAAUAGAGAGCAAGAAAAAGAACCUUACAAAAAUUCCAAUUUGCCAUUGGCUGCCAUCAUUGGAGGAGCUGUGGCUCUUUUGGCAAUUAUCAUGUUGGCGCUGGUGUGCUGGUACGUCCACAGGAAUGGUUCACUUUUUUCCAGGAACUGCACCUACAACAAAGGUCGUCGGAGAAAAGACGACUACGCUGAGGCUGGCACCAAAAAGGACAACUCCAUCUUAGAAAUACGAGAGACUUCUUUUCAAAUGAUACCAAUAAAUCACUUGCCUGUGUCCAAGGAGGAGUUUGUGAUACACACAAUUUUUCCACCUAAUGGUCUGAGCUUAUACAAAAGCCCACAUAGCGAGAACAAUAUUAACAACAGGAGCUACAGAGACAGUGGAAUACCAGAUUCAGACCAUUCUCAUUCAUGAUAUUACAUAUGGACCUUUCUGAUGACUGGGUUUCUCAAACAGAGUGGCAAGCGUUUUACAAAACACUGGAUCUAUGAGACUAAGGAAGCAAUGUUCUGUACAUUUGCCAUAUAAUUUAUAUUUAAUGACUUUAUGAAGAGGAAGAACGUUUUUGGUUACAGGCCAUCACUGAACCAUCAGUGGGUUUCGUAACUAGUUGCAAUUCUAUAUUUUAGGGAUUUGUAGUAAUUUGUACUGUAUUUCCUUUGCUUAAGGUUAUCGACCAACUAAACUAAACUCUGUGUUCUACUGAGAUAUGAUGACUUGUCAACUGUGAAAAGUGGGUUUUCAUUGCUGUGUUGAACAAUCAGACUUUAGAAAACCUUGUAGUAUAAGCACAGGUCAUUCUUUUAACUUUGUGGCUGUCUGAAAAAGUAAAAAGCAAAAAAAUGACAUGAUGUAAACUAAGACACACAUGAUAAGAAAAGCAGGCAUGUUGCCCUCAAAGAAUGAGCAACUAUCAGCUGUCUCUACUAGAGACAGAUUACAGGAACUAAAAGAUGAGGGGCCAUGCUUUAUUCCCCUGCCUUGUUCAGUCAGUGUGUAAUUUCUUUCUUUUUUUCUGUUCGUAAGCAUUAGAAACACAACAAAGUAACCCAAACAGGGUUCAUCUGUUUCUGAUGGGAUUGUAGGCUCCAGCACAGAGUGAGAUAAAGCACACAGACCUUAAGGAGCCCUCUGCUCCUCAAAACAAUUAGAGUGGACAGGCUGACAGAGGACUCCCCACACUAGCACCAUCCCCACUUGUAUGGGCAACAAUGGCCAAACGACAAUGGCGGCAUUCUUUAGUACUAUGUACCACACGUCACUGUAGUCACCAAGCCCCCCUCCCAAAAACAAAGUAUAAAACUGGUGGCUUGCAUUAGAAUACCACAGCAAUGUCAGCAGCUCCUCGUUAUGAGUAUUAUUUUGUAUUAUUUUCCAAAUGAACAGACGUUUAUGUUGCCACGAUUUAAAAUUAACUGUUCUUUACAAUUGAAAACCAAAGUGCAUUAUAUGCCCUUUGGCCAGUCUUGUAUGUGCCUUGAUCCAAUGCUUAUUGUAUUUAGCUUUUUAAGAAACCAGUGACUUUUUUCAUACACACUUGAAUAUGAAAAAUAUUGGUCAUAUUACAAAAUAAAAGUGGGCAAAACCAA